GCUAAUAUGUAUAGAAACCAAAGUUAAACAUCCAAAUUGUGCACCAUAGACUUUAUGCACCUUGACUUCUUUUUCUUUUUUCUUUUUUCCAAAAUCACCCAAAAAACAAGAACCAAAAAUGAAUCAAAAGGCUGAUACCCCAUCUCUCUCACUAUCUUUUCCAAAACACAAAAUUAAGGUUUAAACUUUAAACCUCAUCACAAACCUUCAAACCCCUUCAUCAAGAUUCAAUUUUUCCAAACCCUUUAUUAUUAUUUUUAUUAGUAUUACUCCACAAAUGGGUCAUCAUCAAACCCCCAUAAAACCCCUAUUCCUCCUCUGUUUCAUCUUCAUCCACCAUUACGACGUCGUUUCCACUACCAACUCAGACAAAUCAGCCCUCCUAGAGUUCAAAAGAUCCGUAUCCGACCCGUACGGGCUCUUAACAACCUGGAACGAAUCCAACCCGGAUCUUUGUUCCUGGGUCGGAGUCACUUGCGGGUCGGGUCACCGGGUCGUGGGUCUUAACAUAACCGGUGGAGGUAAUUUCGGAUCUUUUACUUGUAAUAAAUAUGAUCAAUUUCAGUUGUACGGAUUCGGAAUUAGAAAAAGUUGUGAAAUUUAUAAUGGGAAAUUGAUGGGUAAGUUGUCAUAUGCAAUUUCAAAGCUUGAUGAAAUUAGGGUUUUAUCUCUUCCGUUUAAUGAUUUAGAGGGUGAAAUUGGAAGUGUAAUUUGUGGGUUGAAGAAGUUAGAAGUUGUUGAUCUUGAAGGGAAUAUGAUUAGUGGGAAUUUGAAGUUUAAUUUUGGGGAUUUAAAGAGGCUUAGGGUGAUUAAUCUCGGGUUUAAUCGGAUAUCGGGUGAAAUACCCGAUUCGCUGUCGAAUUUGAAGAGUUUAAAGAUUCUGAAUCUUGCUGGGAAUCGGUUAAACGGGUCGAUUCCGAGGUUUGUUAACGGUGAGUUACGCGGGUUGUACUUGUCGUUUAAUCGGAUUUCGGGGAGGAUUCCGAGUGAGAUUGGGUAUGAUUGUGGUGAGCUUGAGCGGUUAGAGCUUGCGGGUAAUUUGUUACUUGGGGGGAUUCCGUCUAGUUUGUCGAAUUGUAGUAAGUUGCGAUCGGUUUUACUGUAUUCGAAUAUGCUCCAAGGUGAGAUCCCGGGUGAGCUUGGUCGGCUUAAGAUGCUAGAAGUUUUGGAUGUUUCGAGAAACAGUCUUCGCGGGCAGAUACCGAAACAGCUUGGAAACUGUACAGAAAUGUCGGUUCUUGUGUUGUCGAACUUGUUUGAUCCUAUCCCGGAUGUCGGUUCUCGUUAUGUAGUCGAGUAUAAUUAUUUUCAUAGCGAGUUGCCUUUGGAAAUUACGGUUUUGCCCAAGUUGAAGCUGCUAUGGGCUCCAAGAACGACUUUGGAGGGCGGUUUUCCGAGCAACUGGGGUGGUUGUAAAAGUUUGGAGAUGGUAAACUUGGCUCGAAACUUUUUCACAGGUGAAAUCCCGAACGGGCUAACUCUAUGCAAGAAGUUGCGGUUUCUUGAUUUGAGCUCGAACAAGUUGACCGGCGAGUUAAGUGAUGAACUUCCGGUUCCGUGUAUGAUUUUGUUCGAUGUUAGUAAGAAUCAUCUUUCAGGGCCAAUCCCGUCUUUUCGUUACACGACAUGUGAACCGUUUGAUGCCUCGUCUGUGUACACACGAUAUUUUUCAUUUCAAACCGCAAAGGAUGGUGAAAAGGGAAGUCUUGCAAACACUACAAGAUUUUUGCGAUUCAACGUCUCGUAUAAUGACUUGUCGGGCCCGUUGCAAGAAAACUUGAUGGCUACCACAUCUUCAGUACGGCAGCUGACCGAAUCCGGUCCAACAAACGGGGGCGAUUUUGUAAAUUACUCUGAUUCUUCAACCACGGCGCCAAAAAGCAAGAACGGGAACUUUAAUUCGAUCGAGAUUGCUUCGAUAGUAUCAGCUUCGGCCAUUUUUUCGGUUCUUCUAGCGCUGAUUGUUCUUUAUUUCUGUACCCGAAGGCGGCCCAAGUCCGUGGCCAACGAGUCGACUCAAAAGGAAGUUACUCUUUUUAUCGAUAUCGGGCUCAGGUUGAAUUUUGAUAGUGUGAUACAGGCAACUGGUCACUUCAAUGCUAGCAAUUGUAUAGGAAGCGGUGGAUUUGGGGCAACGUAUAAAGCCGAGAUCUCCCCGGGGUUCCUGGUGGCGAUAAAACGAUUGGCGGUAGGACGGUUUCAAGGUGUACAACAAUUCGAAGCUGAGAUCAGAACAUUAGGGCGGCACCGCCAACGGAAUCUUGUGACACUUAUCGGAUAUCAUGCGAGUGAAACCGAAAUGUUCCUAAUAUAUAACUACCUACCCGGUGGAAACUUGGAAAGAUUCAUUCAAGAACGAUCGACGAGAGCCGUUGAUUGGCGGGUUCUUCACAAGAUCGCAUUGGAUGUCGCACGAGCACUCGCAUAUCUCCAUGAUCAAUGCGUUCCGCGUGUUCUUCACCGUGAUGUCAAACCUAGCAAUAUAUUGCUAGACGACGAUUUAAACGCUUAUUUAUCCGAUUUCGGGUUGGCUCGGCUAUUGGGUACAUCAGAAACGCACGCCACCACCGGAGUCGCCGGAACUUUUGGUUACGUGGCACCUGAAUACGCGAUGACAUGUCGGGUAUCGGAUAAAGCUGACGUGUACAGUUACGGUGUAGUACUUCUCGAACUGUUAUCCGAUAAAAAGGCGUUAGACCCGUCUUUUUCAUCUUAUGGAAACGGGUUUAAUAUUGUCGCUUGGGCGUUAAUGCUUCUCCAAGAAGGACGCGCGAAGGAGUUUUUCACAGCUGGGUUGUGGGAUGCAGGGCCGCACGAUGAUCUCGUGGAGGUGUUGCAUCUGGCGGUGGUUUGCACGGUGGACUCGUUGUCGACAAGACCCACCAUGAAGCAAGUCGUACGGCGGUUGAAGCAACUUCAACCGCGGUCAUGUUAACCGCAACAUAAUAGUUAUGAUAAUCAAAUUCUUGUAUAUGUUUCUAGAAGACAAUUGAUUGUAGUUGUAACUUGUAAAAUUAUGUUAUAAUGUCAUGUACCUAAGAUUAUACAAAAAUAUAAUGACAAAGAAAACUUUAUUAAAUGUUUGAUUUGGCA